AUGGAAGUGUGCAAAAGAAAAGUUGAAAAUUAUGGAAAAGGAAAAAUCUUAUCAUAUUGUAUCAGUGAUGAUUACAAUAGGAUUUAUAUAUUAAACGAUGCACGACCACAUGAGGUAUAUGAAAUCAGUUGUGAAGAUCGAAUAGAAGAAGGAACAAAAAUCCCGGAAUCUGGAAGAUUUGAUGAGAUUAAAUCUGGAGCGUUUUCAAGUUGUUGUUUAAUAUGUAAAAUUCAAUGUGAGUGUGAUUCAAAUAAUCAUCAAUUGUGUUGGUAUGAUAAUACACUAUAUAUAUUAUCAAUUAUACAAGGGAUGAUCAUUAUUGUUAAUGGACAUAUGUCAUAUAAAAUCCAAGUACCUUCUAUUGAUGGUGCAGGAGAAAUAACAAUUAUUAAGAAUGAUGUUUUUA